AUACAACAUCAAAGGCUUUAUUGCUUUACGCACACAAUCAGCAGCAACGCCUUGCAAAUGUCAAGGCGUUGCAGAAAGAGGAAGAUCAAGUGAGCUACACCACACACACACAAACAGCCAAGUGUUCCCACAAGUGCCUCACGGAGAGGUUGCAGUCGCCACGGGUUUCCAAGGAAGAGAGUUGCGGGCAAAGGGGCAUCAUGAAGGACCAAAGCUGUACUGAUGCAAUUACAAAACUCUUCCAAGAGGCUCCGUCGGCGAGACAAGCCCUGUUGGACAACUACAACAACCUGAUGAAUGUGGCCGAAUACUGCGAGAGCAACUACCUGCAGGCAGGUGCGGAUGCGGUCAAGGCCCUGGAAGAGACUAAGAACUUCACCACCCAGUCUCUGGCCAGUGUGGCCUACCAGAUCAGCACACUGGCCUCCAACGUGCUCAAGCUGCUGGACGCACAGAACUCCCAGCUCAGACACAUGGAGUCCUCUGUCAACCUCAUCGGACAGACAGUGGACAUGCACAGAGAGAAGGUGGCCCGGAGAGAGAUAGGGGCUUUCACCACAGCCAAGAGGGUUCCCCGCAGUCACAAAAUUAUCCCCCCGGCAACAGGCAAGGAGCCCAAACCCAAGUACACCCGUAGUCCCAUCACCUACUCUGACCUGGACACACUGGGACAUGGCAUGAAGGAUUCUGGUAAGAUGCUUGGGAAAGCAGGGUCAUCAAUGCGCAAACAUGGCGGCACCAUCAGCAGGAGCACUUCCAGAGCACCCCCAGAGCCUGUCCAGUGUCCCAUAGCCCCCUCUCUGUCUCGAGGGGCAUCCCUCACCUCUCUCCAUGAUUGCUCCAUUGGGUCCAGCUUCGGCAAGGCCGUGCCUCCCCCCGUGGUCCCCAGCUGGCCCGCGUCACCUGACUCUGACAUCAUCACCACCCUGCUGGAGGAGGCCCCGCCCCCACCACCGCCCCUGUCUCUGAUGGAGGAUGGUGACGCCGCCAUGACAGCUCCGGCCCCUCCUCCUCCUCCCAUGGCGUCUGCUGCCUCCUUGCUGGAUGUCCCUCCUCCCCCUCCACUGCCCCCCACCACCACAACCAGCACCCCUGAACCUGCCCAUACCAGCCUAGCCAGCAUCCCCUCUCCCCCUGUCCCACCCCCACUGGAGACUGUGGCUGAAGAGAACGGCUUCCCGCCCCCUAUGCCACCACCAUCUGACGAGCCUCUCCCUCCACCAACCAGUGAGGGCCUGGAGCUCCCUGGCCCGCCCCCUCCACCGAGUGAUGAGGUGGAUGAAGCUCUGCAGCCCAGGCGGUCUCGUGUACGUCGUCACCCCCCCAGCUCGCGCUCCAUGUCCCUCAGGGUCCGCACGGGCCCUAGCCCUCGCUCGCUCUACACUCGCUCGCUCUUCCUUCCAACCAUCCAAUCACUCAUGAUCCCCCCUCCCCCUUCAUACCCUCCUCCUCUCGCCCCUCCCGUGUCGCUGAGCCCCUUGUCCAGCCUGCCCGCCCACCUGGAGCACCUGGAUCUGGUGAUCCCAGCCCCGCCUCCUCCGCCUUUUACCGACAGCGUGGGGGGCUUUGAUGACGUCAUGCCACCCCUACCUCCCCCUGUGGGUUAUAACACGACUGGCCCUACAGACUUUUUAGAGAAAGUGGUGGCGCUGUACAGCUACAACUCAGGGAAGCCUGGGGACCUGGUAUUCCAAGAGGGAGAAGUCAUCUACCUGACCAAGAGGAAUGAAGAUGGCUGGUGUGAGGGACUGCUCAACGGAGUAGAGGGAUUCUUCCCUGGGAACUACGUAGAUUCCUCCACCAGCUAAGAUAUUAGACCCCUUAAAAGUAGACUCAGCGAUAUGGCGUAGAUGCAGAGAGUAAGCAGCAUAGUGGGUCAAUUUCCACUACAACUAAGAGUGUUGAAGCCCGAGGCUCAACUUGUCCUCUGUUUUGGUCCAUGUUGUAAAAGCGUGAAGCGAACCCGUGCACAUGCGCAGAUACUAUGUGUGACUGUGUGAGAGCGGAGUCGUGCAUCUCGCUUAUCGCAAUAUCUGCGGUGCUGCUUGUGGCAAUGUCAUUUCACUUAGUCUACCUUUAAUAUGAAGAGGGAAAGUAGGCUCUGUCCACAAACAACCGGUAACCCUAUACCCUAGGUCAACCUAGGCACUUCAUGUUGAUCAGGAAGAAUUGGACGGGUAUAAACAUACCUAUUCACAUAAUUGGUAUAAGCAUGAACUAUUGUAGCUUCACCUUUCCCUUUGAUAGGCCAGAUGGAAUUUCAACCAUAUUACCUCUCAGGUAUAGAGUUUAGAGCUAGUGGUUGUUGGGUUGUUUCUUCAUGGGGACGUAGUCAACUAUUAGCUUUGUAGAAAGACCUCUACUGACCCCUACAGGUCAUAGUAAUAUGAACAGAAAAUAAGGCAAUAUUUACACAAGGAAUGAUGACAGGACUCUGAAAUAUAGCCACUAUAUAGCUAGCUAUAUAUUACCAAGAGGGUCAGUAGGUAGGACGACUUAAUAUCUAAUAUCUUUCAACCAAGACUAGAUAAAAGAUAAAAAGUCAGCUUGCUUAUUAACCAUGACGUUAGUGAAUACUUGGUAAAGAGGGAAAAUGCUUUGCAAGUUAUACAAUAGCUCUAUGUCCUGUUCAGUAUUGUUUUACAAGUACUGUAAUAACAGUAUGUGAAAUAGUUUGUCCUUACUGUUGUGCUCAGUAGGACAAGCCCUGAACGCUGCGUAAUGAUGUGGUAGAGUUGCUUCCGUUUUUUGUCAAUGAGACCAGCCACUGUUUGCUGCUGCAGUUUUUGCCACUGCAGGAUGAUAUUGGUCUCUUAAUUAGACUUGCACUAAUAUAUUUUGUAAUAUUCAAACUAAGAUUAAGUAAUAUAUGGAUUAUAGAGAAAAUGAUAGGAGAAAAUAUUUUACUAUAGUGAUGUCAUGAGAUUGACGUUUUUUAAAAGUGAUUUUAGACUUGUUAAUGUUUUCAGUUAGAGUUUCAUUUUGAUAUUUAGUAUAUCCGUUUAGAUUGAACAAUGUUUUAUUUACAUGUCUUUCAAUAAAUGCUUAGCUUUUCCUAA